GCUCCACAUCACCUGAAACACAAAGCCCACUAAUCCGCAACGAGUAUGAAGUUAAUUUCCAUCCUAGGCGUUAUCUUUGCCUUGUCUGGGGUUGCUGUUGGGCUCAAGAAUCGGAUCUGUGGUCAAAAAUCGGCACACUUCGGGUACUGCAGUGGCUAUACGAAAGGAUUUACCUAUUAUCCCGAGACGAAUGAGUGCAAAAUGUUCAUUUACGGCCGAUGUGCUGGGAACAAAAAUCGUUUCAAGGAUAAAGCGGCCUGCGAGGCAAAGUGCAAAGAAUAAUAAAUAUUCUGAGUUGU